AUGUCUAAAUGCGAGCUGAUUGAGCUGAAGGACCUCAGUGUAAAUGAUCCCAUUGAGCUGGCUGCACCUGCGGCCCGCACAGCGCCUCCACCUGUAAACCCAGGCCAGCCCAGCCACUUCCAUGUCGUCCGUCUGGUCGGAGACAGCGUCAGCAUCGAGGCACCCUGGUGUCAGACAGGAGAGGCUGCAGUGGGUCAUGACUUUCAGCCCUACAGUCACACCCAUCUCACCUGGUGUGACCUGUGUGGAGAAUUCAUCUGGGGUCUUUAUAAGCAAAGCUUACGCUGCGCCAACUGCAGUUAUACUUGUCACUACCGCUGCCGACCAUUCAUCCAGCUGGACUGCAGCACAGACGGAAGUCUGUCAACAGACCAGGAGGAUUUCUCUGUGGACUCCAUCGAGACGGACACAAACGUGGAUGAACAGGUCGAUUGGGGUAAACAGAAGCUGACUGUUAGUGAGAUUCAGCACAAGGUUAAGGAGUAUAAUGCACAGAUCAACAGCAACCUUUACAUGGUGGUCAAUAAAGACGGGUCCUACACUGGUUUCAUCAAGGUCCACUUUCAGUUAGUCCGUCCUAUCUCCCUCCCUCCCCGUCAGAGCCUGUGCUCCACACAGGACGACGAUCAGCAGGACAGACGGCUGAAACGGCGGACGUCUUUCUACCUCCCCAAAGAUACUGCCAAGCACCUGCAUAUAAGCUCCCAAACACGAGUGCGGGAAGUCAUCGAGGCGUUGCUCAACAAGUUCACCGUGGUGGACAACCCAGCCAAGUUUGCCCUGUUUGAACGCACAGAGAGACAAAGUCAAGUGUGCAUGCGUAAACUGUCCGAUGACGAGUGUCCCCUCUACCUGCGCUUGUGUGCUGGUCCCAGUGAAAAAGUCCUGAGUCUGGUUUUGAAAGAGAAUGAGACAGGGGAUGUUAAUUGGGACGCGUUUAGUUUUCCUGAGCUGUGCAACUUUCUGCGAAUCCUGAAGCGUGAAGAAGAAGAGCAUGUGCGGCAGAUUGUGAAGCGCUACGCUAAUGCUAGAGACAUGAUGAAGCAGGCCAUGACAGGGAUUACUACUCCUGGUUGACUUUGAGCAAUUGAGCUGAUACUCUUGUUUAAACAUGAAGAAGAACACAACCACUUUGAAUAGUAUUGGUUGAUCAGCAGUGCAAAGGAGAAGGAGAAGGAGAGAGCUGGAGGAAUGGGGUGCUGUUUAUUUAGCAGGAAUACUGCUGUUACCGUUAUGUGAACUACCUAAAGGUUUAUGCCCUGUUAAAUUUGUGCAAGCAGAGUCACCUGUUGUGAACUGAAGGGGGAAAAAUAAUUAUUUUGGACUUAAUUAGAUGCAGUUCUUUCUUAAAAAACAUGCUGCUCAACUGGAUUAUUUAUAGCAGAAUUUAAAAGACAAUUUUAGUCUUUCUGGUCAUUUACCAUUUGAUAUGUAGUUUCAUUUAUAUAUUAUGUGAACGGUUUUGAAAG